AUGGAGACUGAAAUGGAUGACCAAUCUGCACCGACGGAUGAGGAUGGGACAAGGGCGUCGAGAGGGAGAGUUCAUCUGGCGGUGGAUUCCCCUCCUAGAGGCGGUAAGAAGCCCAAAGGUGCUGCGAUGGAUGAUGCAUCGAUGGAUGACAACAUGAACGAGGAGGGUGAGGCUGUGUCUGAACCAGAUCAUCAUUCCCCAUUGUUAUCAGGUGAGAAGCUGACAGAGGUUAGUGUUGGCCCUCGCAGUAGAGUGGUCUCUUAUAAAGAUAAACUGUUAAGAUUGAACGAGCAAGGAGGUCAUUCAGACAAUGAUGAGGAGGAUCGGGUUUCAAAACAGAAGCGAGAGGAUGAGGAGGCGAAGCUGAUGGAAGGGCUGGCUCAGGAUGUUCCUGAUGAUCCACUUUGCCCGAGGUAUACUUUCUCUGUGGAAGAACACAAGAGAGAUUGUGAGCAAUGGAGAAAGGCACUCAUCAUCAAGCUUAUAGGGAAGAGAAUGAGGGCUAGGGUCCUCAUGAUGAGACUUCAGAGACUGUGGAGUUUGAUGGGUGCUUAUGAGCUCAUUGACCUUGAUAACGGGCACUUGCUGCUGCGAUUCCAAGAGGAUAAUGACUAUCGUCAUGUCCUUGAGGAAGGCCCGUGGAUUGUCAACGACCAUUAUGUGGUUGUCCAGCGCUGGAGGUCAUUCUUCGACCCGUAUGAUGAGAGCUUUAAGAGAUUAGCUGUGUGGAUUAGAAUCCCUGGGCUGCCUAUCGAGCUUUACACGACACGUCAUCUAUGGAGAAUUGGGAAUAUUUUUGGGCGUACUCUCAAGGUGGAUAGGAAUUCUCUAAGGAAAAGUGAUCUUGGAGAUGUCAUCACUGAGAGAGGUCGUUUUGCUCGAAUUUGCGUGGAAGUAGACUUGAGAAAAAGCUUCCUGUCAAAAUUUGUUAUUGGUAAUACAGUUUAUCAGGUUGGUUACGAGGGAUUACAUCUUAUAUGCUUUGAGUGUGGGUUAUAUGGGCACAGGCAGAACCAAUGUCCAGCAGCCCAAGAUCGGUGUAAAGGCCAUGAGGAAGUCAGUAAAGGGCAGGUGAAUGUGAUGAGUCCAGCUCCUCAUAAGGAAAAGAUGGAAGUUAAGCAGGAUGAAGCCUUUGAAAGCUGGAUGGUGGUGCAAAGGAAGCCUAGGAAUAGGAAACAAAAGGCUAAAUCUUCUAGUCCCACGAAGGAAGGGGAUGGGGAGUAG